AUGAACUGCAAGGAAGAAGAUGACAACUGCACUGAUGGGAGCAGCAAUAACACGAAGAAGAUGUUAAAAUGCGUGGUGGUUGGGGACGGUGCAGUUGGGAAAACCUGUUUGCUGAUGAGUUAUGCCAACGAUGCCUUCCCAGAGGAGUAUGUGCCCACUGUGUUUGACCACUAUGCAGUAACUGUGACUGUGGGAGGACAACAACACUUGCUGGGACUUUAUGACACUGCAGGGCAGGAGGACUACAACCAGCUGAGACCCCUGUCCUACCCCAAUACGGAUGUGUUCUUGAUCUGCUUCUCAGUGGUGAACCCUGCUUCAUACCACAAUGUCCAGGAGGAGUGGGUGCCCGAGCUGAAAGUCUGCAUGCCCAACGUGCCUUAUGUCCUCAUAGGAACACAGAUUGAUCUCCGGGAUGAUCCCAAAACUUUGGCUCGGCUGCUUUACAUGAAGGAGAAACCACUCACCUACGAGCAUGGAGUGAAGCUAGCGAAGGAGAUUGGGGCACAGUGCUACCUGGAGUGCUCUGCCCUCACACAGAAAGGCCUUAAGACUGUCUUUGAUGAAGCAAUCCUGACCAUUUUCCACCCCAAGAAGAAGAAGAAGCGUUGUGCAAAGUGCCACAGGUGCUGCACCCUUGUGUGAGGUCACUUGGAAAGAAAAGCAAGAUGAGUUCAAUGAAACCAAGCAGGUUAGAAAGGCAAUCAAGGUCACAUGCAACUGAAAUGGGGAACAUGACCAGAAAGGGGUCCUUCUUACUCAAAUAUAGGAGCCCUCCAUUCUGUGAAACCUCCAAGCUGUAUCACACUAGGCCAACUCAUGUCUAUGUGCUUUCCUAACCCUCUAGAGUUGUAUGCAGUCUGUUCCCACUACUGCAGACUGCACUGAGCCAACAGAAACCAAGAUGCCUGCUCCUGCUUGACUCUUCACCUUAGGAAUAAGGUGAAG